AUGGUGAGCUGGAGUGGCAUACAGAUGGAACGGUGUAUUUUUGGAUUCUAUUGCCUAGUUCUGAUGGACCCAGGACAGGUUUGGACUGGAACACUCAAUCCUCAGAAACGUGAAUCAGAAAUGCAGGUGGAGGUCAAAGGCAAUACCACAUUGGGUCCCAUCUUAGAGGACACAAUUGUAGCCCCCACAGAGUCCAUCCUUGGGGGAGAUCGGUGCCUUGGUUAUUACGAUGUGAUGGGCCAGUGGGAUCCUCCAUUUAACUGCAAUUCAGGAAUCUACAAAUUUUGCUGUGGGACCUGUGGUUACCGCUUCUGCUGCCAAUUCACAAGUGGAAGACUUGAUCAAAGUGGUUGUUCAAAUUAUGAGACACCAGAAUGGGUCAACACAGGCCAACCACCACCUCGAGUGGACGAGACUCCUCAGAAUCCUACCAGGGACAAGACCAACAUGAUUGUAUAUAUUAUCUGUGGUGUGGUGGCCAUCAUGGUGCUGGUGGGCAUCUUCACCAAACUGGGGCUGGAGAAAUCCCAGAGCCCUCAAGCCGAGAUUACCAUGUCCAGAACACUCACGGAUCUCCUAAAGCAGCCUGGUCACAGCUCAUCUGAUCACUUGCCUGAUGGCCAUAUCAGCAGUGUGCAGGUCCAGAUUGGUGACAGCCUUUCUCGGGGAUCUCCCACAAGUAGCAAAGACCAGAAGCACCUGAACAAUGCUGUGGUCAACUCCUCCACAGUCUCACAGAUUGGGCUUUCACACUCACACAACAAUCAGCUGCAAAUGACAAGUGUUUUGCCUAACCAGGCUUCAGAUUAUGCCAAGUAUGCAACUCUCAAGGCUGUAGAAAGCGCCCCAGAAGAAUUCUACAAGAGGUUUCCCAUGAUGGAGAUGCCAUCAACAGGCACCUUGUCAUUUUCUCCACUGAUGCUACAUCAGAAUGAUUUCCCACCUUUUCCAGAUGGCAGUGCCCUCAUUGGCUUGGGGACACCAGGACAGAAGACUAAAGUGAUGAAACCCAAUGCAGGCAGCCCUGUCUUCAAAGGGGGCUGGGAUCACAGCCAUCCUGAAUUUCGGCGACAAGCUUAUGCCACCAGGCGUCAGUUCAGUAUUGAGAAGCUGCCUGAGGUCUUCAGCCAAACACCCACUCACUAUGCCCAGCAACAACGGCUCUUUUCCACUAAUAGCAAGACUGAGGUCACUGUCUAGGAUGGAUUUAUUGUUCAUUCCUAUAUUCUCCCCUUUGAAGCAAUUGAUGGAGUGGGGCCUGACAGCCUGGAAAGGAGUUGCUUCCCUCAGUGUGUCACUGCUAGGUUCUGGAAGGAAACAUAGAAGAUAUAAAGAAAAGCAGAAUGUGUGCCAGAACUGAUGGUACUCUACAAUUGUAACAGAACUCAUCUUUUCAAUGAGGCAAUCUGUCUUCUGACAAAACUUGGUUAGCAUGCAUGGCGAAACCAGCAUGCCUAUACUACCCCACUGUUUGAUGCAGUACUGUUGUUUCUCAUUCACCUUUUCAUCAUAUCACACUCAUACCAGAAUCAUCAAGAGCAUCAGGAAGCCUUCAGGACUCCACUACUGUUCUGCAUGGAAGCGCAUCCAAAGAGGGAAUAAUAUGUUUCCU